GGUCUGCGUCUGUAAACAACGUAAAGUCAAGCAAAUAGACAGCGGUGGCUCUCAGAGUUACGAUAAUGGCUUUGGCGAAUUAAAUGGAGGCCGUGGGAUGAGUGGAUGUUCACAUCUUAUAAUGAUGCACUGCAACGUACAGCGAAAAUAAGUCAUGGAAGGAAUACUCUAUAAGUGGACUAAUUAUAUAAGCGGCUGGCAGCCUCGCUGGUUUGUACUGGACGGAGGAACUCUGUCAUAUUACGAUUCGCAAGAAGAUGCGUGGAAGGGAUGCAAGGGCAGCAUCAAAAUUUCAGUCUGUGAAAUUCAAGUGCACCCCUCUGACUUCACACGAAUGGACCUGACCAUUCCAGGGGAACAGUAUUUCUACCUCAGAGCCAUCAAUGCAGCAGAGAGGCAGAAAUGGCUGGUUGCAUUGGGAACCGCAAAGGCCUGCCUGACAGAUAAUAGGACUAAGAGAGAGAAAGAACUCCAGGAGAGCACAGAGGCCCUGAAAACUAAGAUGUCAGAGUUGAGACUGUAUUGUGAUCUCCUCUUGCAACAAGUGAACAAGAUCAAGGAGAGUUCCCAGAGCGAGGAGCCAGAGGCGGUCUUGGAGGGUGGUGAGGGCAUGGGACCCUUGGUGAAGUCCACCUGCACCACCUUUCUGAAGACCCUGGAGGAGUGCAUGCAGAUUGCUACCAGGGCCUUCAACCCUGACCUCCUGACCCACAGCCCGCCUGGGUCACCCCCUGUCGCCGCCAUCAAGCCUCAUAAGGUCAAACCUGUCUACCAAUCAAGUCAAAGCCUGGUGGAAAAGAGGAAAGAGUCAAGCAGCUCAGGAAGUGUCACCGAUGUGGCACACGAGAGACCAGACCCUCGACCUGUGACACUAGACCACUCCGGGCCACCUCCACUGGAAACACUGAAGCAGCCCGAGGGGGGAAGCCCAGCUGGGGAGGGGCACAGUCACUCUGAGGAGGCUGUGGACACACAUUCCCAAGAUGGCCAGGACACGUCUGGCACGGAGCAGGCUGAAGGAGGGGUGGAGCAGGGUGAGAGGGCAGACCUUUCCCAGCAAAUCCAAGACCAGCAGGAGGACAGCCCCACCCAGCCCCAGGACCAACAGGAAGUCACCCCUGAUCAGAGUGAGGGUGGGCAAGAAGUUAGCCCAGCCCAGCCAGAGGAAAAACAGGAAAAACAGGAGGAAGUGGACACCUUUUUCAGCACUAUGAGUCACAGAUUUAGUGAUAUAAGACUGGAGGACGACAGUGGUAUCCCCACACAGCCCUUUUUGGACUCUUGCUAUGCUUUAGUGCCAGUAUUAGACAAACUGGGCCCCACUGUAUUUGCUCCUGUUAAAAUAGAUUUUGUGGGCAAUAUUAAGAAGAUCCAUCAGAAGCUGGUGUCAGACCCAGAGUGCUUCCCUACACUGCAGUCCAUGGUACUGCAUGAGGUGGAGAUGGGCGUGGCCCAGAUGCGGAACUCCGCCACGGAGGCACUGCUGUGGCUGAAACGAGGCCUGAAGUUCCUCAAGGAGUUCCUGUCCGAAGUGAACGCGGGAGAGCGAGAUAUUCACGGCGCACUCAACAAUGCCUAUGGAAAAACCCUGCGACAGUACCACGGAUGGGUGGUGCGAGGUGUCUUUGCUCUGGCCCUAAGGGCUGCCCCGUCUUAUGGAGGCUUCAUGGCAGCGCUCGUGACCAAGGAGGGGGAUGAGCUGAAGGAAGGCUUUGACUCGGGCAUGCACAGGGACCUGGGGGUCUACCUGCCCGCGAUGGAGAAGCAACUGGCCAUCCUGGACGCUCUGUAUGAAGAGUACGGUCUGGAGUCUGACGAGGUGGUGUGAGCAGGAGCCCGCCCGGUGACGCCACGAGGAGGGCGCUGCAGGAGAAUGCUCAAAAGGGGUUUGAGACUGAAUAUCCGUAGCGUGAGGACUGAGCAUGCUCAGUGAAGUGCCAUGUAGAUGGAGCAAACCCAGCGAAGGUAUUGGAGUGUUGGAGCAUGCCGAGUGAAGAGGUGCUGGUGUGAAGCGUGCCAAGUGUGAUAUGUGAGGACAGAGCAUGCCCAGUGAAGUGGUGUUUUGAUAGAGUGUGCCCAGCUAGGAUCAGGCACACUCGCAAGGACAAGACACUGUGGGCUUGCCCUCUAGGAGACUCGCACACACAUGAAUGCCAGACACCAUUAUCGUCCACCUUUAAUGAUCAUGUUCCGCAGAACCUAAGCUGUUCCACUCUUUGCUGAAUCUUGGAGGUACUAUGAAUGAAUUUUACUCCAGUUUAAAAGUUUCUUCAGUUACUUUCAGAGGUAAGGGCUGCAGUUUCAUUGCUAAGACUAAAGUACUAUGUACUGCUAUAGCAACUUUUUUGGCAUUUUAUUUAUUCACUUCCUUUUUUUCCCCAAGAGGUCUAACAGAAACAAUGUCCUGUAAUGCAAAGAGUUGGGGAAAAAAUAAUUAAGUCUAAAGGGGUUCUCCAACAGGCAUAUGAGAUGGUUACAUAUGUGCAUUGUUACACACUUGUUGCAGAAAAGACUUCUUGAGUCUUCUUGAGUAUUCAAACCAUCGAGUACAAAUCUCUGCAAUAGCCAUGAUCAAAGAUAUGCAAUAUCCAAUGUUGGAUAUGCAAAAUUUUCAAGAACAAAAGCAUUGUAUCUUUAGGGUCAGGAAGACUAAAGAGGUUAUCAUCAGGUAGCAGAAAGCUCAUCUCAAGUAGUGCGACCUUUACCUCCCUGUUGAGGGUGAUCACUACAGCAUACUUGUAUCAGUGAAAGUUAUUAACAUUGGAGACUGUAGAAACUCCUUGCAGUGGGUGGCAUCCACAAGUGUAAAGAAUCCCCUUUGCACAGUGGCUGGGGAAGUGAGUGGGGCCUGGUUGCAUAACUGUGAGUUCAGGCUUGGACUCCUCACUGCAGCCUCAGCCUUGCAACCCCACAUUGCAUUGUAGCCAAACAUGCCAUCUGCAGCACAGUGGCUCCAUUAAAUCCAGCUGUUCCUCAGAGCCCCACAGGUACGGUGCUACAUGUGUGCACACCUUUUGUGUGCUGCCAUACAGAAUGUAACAGUAUUAUGAAAUAUGAACAUUUUUUUUUCUUAUUCCAGUAGUUUUUUCCAGUAGUGCAUAUCUGCAGUGCCAGGAUUCACAGGGUUAAUGGGACAGACUGUCGGGCGAAGAGGUUGCUGCUGCCUCAGUCAGGACAGCUUUCUGUGUGGAUGUUGGUGUGAGCUGGUCGUUGCCAAACAUACUGUAGCAGUCCAGUACAGUCAUCAACAGGCCACCUCAAACCUUCUGGGCAGCCACAUGCACAAAUGACAAAGAUUUUAUGUAGAAAUGUGUAAUAUUUAAUAAGGAUACUUUAUUUAUUGAUAGUUUUACAUUGUAGGUAAAAUAAUAUAAAUUUUAUCUUAAAUGCAGCAGCAGGAGUUUCCUGGAGUAUUUGGUCUGUGUGCUGAUUUUUGCUCUGGUGCACAUAAUUUCGGAAUUAUUUCAGCCAUUUACUCAAUGUGGCAUUUGUAAAAUAUAUUUCAGUUAAAGACUGCACACAUGUCCUCUGAUGUUUUACUGCAAUAUGGGAAAUGCCACAAUGAAUAUGUAUAUGGUAAAUGAACUAACUGGACCAGUUAAGCCAGGGUCAUUGUUUGGAACAAGAACCAGUAUACACACUGGCCCACCAGGAAUGGUUUAACACCCCUGUGCUAAGACACUUCAAUUAAUUGAAUAGUGCAUAGUAUUGUGAAUGUUUUAAUUUUUUAUUUUAUUUUGAAGGAAGCUGAGUGUGCCUGUUUAGUUAUUUAUUUAUACCCAGCGUGCAUUAAAUAAAGCAUUUUUCUAGAAUAUAUAUUGCAAUCAUGGAUUGAAGAUGAUUUUAUUAUCUCAAGGGAAAUGAUUGUCUUUGCUUUGCUUGUUAGCCACCAUGUACUUCCUGCAUAGUAGUUGUUUUUAUAUUUAGAACUGCAUGUUCAGUUUUUAUUUAGGGCACAACAGCAUUGCUAAAUUUAAGUGGGACCCAGCUUGACUUUCAGGUGCCAUUCCUCAGAAUCUUCAGAAUGUUGGACUUCUCACAAAAGUGUGUCUAAAGCUUACCUUGGAGUCCCUCACACCAGUGUGCCAUCCAAGUUGCCAAGACCUGUGUCAGUGAGCUGGGUGGGUGUUACAGUGGGUGAUGGUUUUUACAGCGUUGGGGAGACUGAGGGGGGCAUUCUGUCUACCCUGUGGGGCACCUGUCCUUUAAAUUUACCUUCUACCUUCGUUCAUUUUUUUUUCCCAAUUCCAAACACUUCAUCACCAUUUUGGCCAUCACUAAUUGAACUUCAAAAUUAAGUUUCGGGAGGAGAAUUUUCAGACAGUCCCCAUGCGGUUAACCAAACUUAGACAAACCAGUCCCAUCCUUGACUAUAAAGAUCCCACUGACCACUUCCUUUAUGCAUCAACUACUCAAAGCAUUCCCCAUCCUCUCCAUCUCCCUGUUUCUUUCCCCUGUUUAUGUUGUCCAAGUGGGUGGUCAGUAUCCUCAGCCUAUGUGCAAUCCCUUUGUUGGACUUAGCUUUGUUGGCAUAGUAAAAGUACGGAAAUUUAUAUCUACUGAACAUCAAUUCAUGAAAAAUCUUGUUGAGGCAUAGAAUAAAUGUAAUCCCUGAUUAAAUGUGAAGGACAAAGGUCUACCAUGGUUAGGUCGAAUACCCCCCUGAGUCUGACCAGAGAAGGAAAAAGGAAUGCAACCAAAAUAAGAUCACAUUUUGAAUGUCAUAAUGGUCAUCAAGCACUUCCUUCAGAUUAAGAUGUUGCUUGCGGUCUUGCUGCAACUUGCUGUGGUGACUAAAAAGUAUUGCCUGUAGCUCU